GAGGUUGCUCUAGUCCAAAUUUGAACACUGCAUGGACCUUCUUCUUAUAAUUUACCCGUAGGGUCCUUACAUUUUACCGAUUCUUCGUCUUGUGUCUUCACUAUUCUAAACUCUUUUUUUUCUUCUUUCAAUCGUCAGUCAUGGAUUUUGCAGCGUACGCAUCUCCAUACCCCGACUCUUCACCACCCUACUCCGAAUCUUCUUCAACUCCCCGUACUCCAUCUCCUCAAUCCGUUGACCUCAUUCAUCCUCACGACUUCAAACAUCCGAUCCAUACUGUUCCAACAAUAUUUCAAGAAGACUCAUAUCUUCCAUCCGACGUAGGAUCAAUGAUCCAAAACGAUUCUUGGGUCUCUCAAGCCAACUACAACAAUUAUCCACAGUCACGAGGUUCCCUCCUCUGCGAGUUGUACGACUCGGAACCCUCUGAACAUUACCAGAGUGAAGCGUAUAUUGACGAUCACGCGCACUACAAUGAAUGGCAGCGGCAGCAGCAGCAGCAGCAGCAAAUGCACUUGCGCCAGCCCGAUCACCAUACAUUUCGUCGCGCCACUUUUCCUUACGUCAGACAUGACCUCCCCCAACAUCAUAUACCUCACCACUCCCAAUUUUAUGACCAAUACCCGUCCAUGUACAAUGAGCCACUUACAAUGUCCCCCGAUCCAUCUGAAUCCCGUCACCCCCACGAUCCUCAGUCAAUUAAACUAGAGGACACCCCCCUCAUUGUUCCUUCCCAAUUGGGUUUCCCUGCACAUCCUCUUCACGGUCAUCACCUUCCUGGUUUCCUCCCUCCCGGAGCUGGUGCUUCAGUUCCAAUUCAACACACCGAUGAUGCUGCUAGCAAAGAGACCCAGUACCUCAGGAGGCGUUGUUUUAAUUGCCAUACCACAGAGCCGCCUUCAUGGCGUCGCUCCACUCUCAAUCCUGGAAAGAUUGUCUGCAACAAAUGUGGUCUUUAUGAACGUACCCACUUGCGCCCACGUCCCCUCCGCUUUGAUGAACUCAGGGCAGGUGGAAAGACGCGUAAACCUGGCGAGAAAAAGGUCCAAAAACCUGCUCCUCUAGCUGGUUCACCCCAGAUCAAGAAGGAGCCGCGAGAGUACGGACUGGCGAGGCGUAGCUCCGUUUCGAGCACCGCAUCCAGUGGUGGCGCAGUCAGCGACUGGGAUGAUGCUGUGUCAGUCUAUUCAUCGCCUUCCAUCGCAACGUUCCCCAUCCCUCGCAGCUCGCAGAGCCCGCCUAUCGAUGCCGGCCCCCAGGCUCCAAUUCGUCUCCCUAACGCCCCGUUGACAGACAUUGCGUCUCUUCAACAACAAGCACCUAGGAAGUCAGCAACCGCUCCGGGUUACUUCCCACAGCCUCCAGUCUCAUACCAAGGACAGGAGAUGUUGCGUCGGGGGUCAAUGCCUAGGCUCUGUGAGCAACCACGCCAAGUGCAGUUUGCCUCGCCACAGAUUCCACCGCAGUCACUAGGCCCCCUGCAGGGUCCUGCCUCUGAAGCGCCCGUUGAAAAAUCGCCGCACAUCACGCAGAUGCAGAUUUCGUCACCUCAAAUGAUGACCUCAUCGCCUGUACCCGCAGCAGCAGAGCCACUGUCAUCCUGAGGGACGGCACGAGACACGUGUUUUCAUGCCUUUCUGAUUACCACGCUCGUUUGGAUCUUGGUAUUUAUUCCGUUUUACAAUCCAAUUCGCAUCGCCAUCUUGAGCUCGAUUUCACGGCCUAUUUAAUUAUUCACCUCGUCGUAAAAUGGCGACCGACAAAGACGCGGGCAAAACGGUAUCUAUAUUCCGACAUAUAUCCUGUAUCCUAUAUUUCCCGCCUCGCAUCCAAGCUGUCGAUUAUGUCUAUAUUGCGCAUAUACAUAUCGCCUCAUGAACAAUACCCUGCCAGCCAUACCGCGCUCUGUAUGUCGUCUCGAUGAUAGAUACCCGUCUCACCAAUACGAAUGACUGCCGAAUGUGCAUGGAAGAAGAAGGGGAGUGUACUUGUAGACGCUAGUGUUAGUUAGUAUACCUACUUAGAACCUUUUCUCGAAUUUCAGACGCAGGAACAUGAAUUUUUUGCUUUGCACUGUGGCACCAUUCAAA